AUGAAGUUCUCGUCACCUGCGAACAUUGCACUUGCGUCUAUUGCGCUAUCCUCUCCAAGCAUCUUGUCUUCGCCUGUGUUUGUCAAUGCAGCCCCGACAAUGGACAAUGAUUCACUCUCCCCUAAUCUAGGAGCGGGAUACUUUGGCAAUUCGCCACAGAUGCAUGUUACCGAUUCACCGGUUAUGCCGACGAUGGCUUCUCCCCCAACAUCGAGGAUAGCCGGUCGACGCCGCUCUCUUCGUCGUUCGAGGUCGAUCAAGCACCGAAAGGAUGAGAGACCGAGUCGCACUAUUGAUCCGCUUGGGCUCGGAACGAGUACCAGCGGCACUCAACGGGAAGCCGAAUUCAUUCGUCCUCGUAUGGCUCCCGUUGGGCCGCUUUCGGGAGCCCAUGGUACUAUCGACUCAUUUUUGCCGAUAGUUGGUUCUGGAGGGCUACUUGCCAACACUGGAGUCGCGCCACCGAAUACCCCUAUCUUAGGUGGGGUCCCAUUACCCAAUGGGUUUGACCCUUCCUUGCUCUCUGGCGCGAUUCCUGGCGUGGUUCCUUCACCUGUGGUCGACAACGUCAUUCCUAUCAUUCCGAAUAUUGUAUCUGGCGAUGCUUCCAACGACAUUCUUUCAUCAACGCUUGGAUCCCCUCCCGCAGUGUCCCAAGUCGCUGGCACUUUGACUCAAAAUCUUGGAAACCCCUCUCAGAUCGUUGGGGGGAUCCCACCACUUGCUGGAGCUCUUCCGUCAGUUCAAGGAGCCGUGCCGCAAGUCUCAGGAUUCGCCUCCCAAGUAACCAACAGCUUAACACAAGUGCCUGGUGUCGUACCGCUUCCGGAUCCGAAUAAACUUGCUCCUCCGUCUUUGGUUCCUGGCCUUGCCGCAUCUCCCAACGUCGCCAUGCCGCCGAUACCUGGUUCUUCGCCCGAUGCAGUGGUUUCUUGGGUCUCCGGAGCUCUUCAGCUUCCUGCCGCCAUCCCCCAAGUUCCUGGAGCGAUCGGUCAGACUCCCGGCAUGAUUCCUCAAGUCUCAGGUAUGGUUCCUCAAGUCCCCGGUGGCACGGGUGCGGUUCCUCAGGUCCCUGGUGCUCUGGCCCAAGCGGCUCCUGGACUCCCUAUCGGUCUAUUGUCGUCGAAUGCGCCUUCUGGCUCCCCCGCACCGAACCUGGCCGGUAGCGUCCCUAUUCCUCUCGGUUCCGAGGUCCCGCUGGCGACUCCGGCCCUACCGGUUACCGAUUUGGCGACUCCAAUGAGCUCGGCGGUUCUUUCGGUUAGCUCUGUAGUACCCAGUCAACGCGUGAAACCAACCUCGAUUUCCCUUUCAAGCGUGCAGCCUGUGGCCGUGACAAAUGUUCUGGCAGAGCCAAUCGAGUCGCUCGCUCCUCUUGAUCCACUUGUCGCUUCAGCCGAAUUGGUUCCUCAUAUUCUUGUGUCUGAGCCUGAUGAAAUUGGGGCAUUCGAGCCUCUGGAAGGUUUUGGAGCUGGGGCAAUGGGUCGGCCCGGGAUCGAUGGAGCACCAGCGCCGGGUGUGCCUUUAGAAAUGGAUGAUGGAGUCCUUCCUAAGGGAAGCGGCGAGUUUGAUGGACGUGGAAACUCGGAUGAACACCAUGGAUCCCAGACCAUUUCGGGCACGACUUCGGCUAUAGAGUCGAGAACGAGGAGCUGGAGCGCGACUGAGAGCGGUCGAUCCAUGGUGGACCGAAUGACUGGCGAGUUGGUUCCUACGAAUUUGCCUCAGCCCAGUGCCAAGUUGGAAAUACCCACGACCACCGAGUUCCUUAGUCCCAAGCCAACCGCAACCGAGGCUCGAGUUACGAUUUCUCCGGGACCCACGCUCGAGGACGCAGGAAUACUGUCUACCUGGAGACGGUGGGAGUCGAAGUCUACAAGGUUAUCCAGUGAACUUGGAAGCAAUGUUGCUGACGGGAGUAGAGUUCCUGUGUUAUCCGAAGGUGUACCAAUUCCUACGUCACCUAUGUACGUGCCGCCCGCGACUCGGCUGAGGGUACCCAGUCAUGAAACCAUCGGUGUAUCAAGAUCGGCUAGUAUGGUUACACUCAAGUCUUUCAGCAUGGUCUCAAUUUCGGAAAGCCCGGCUCCUAUGCCGACUCGGGCCCAGUCGGUUGCUCAAAUGAUUGGCGGUAUGAGCUCGUCCAUGGCAUUGGCACAACCGACCAACCACGUUGCGACAUUAUCGGGCGACUCGUUUUCCAGCCAUUCAUCCGAAGAUGGUCAUCCUUUGCUCAUACCCCUAACAUCUAAUACCGUGGCAAGUUCCCCUAUACCGACAGCGUAUAACGGAGGGGUAUCCCUGAGUAGGACGUUGGAACGGUCCGCAGAUACGCCGUCUAGUACUUUUGCAAUUAAUGGAGAUUCCCCGAACAUGCCCUCGCCUACCUUAUUGAGCACAGGCACGUCUACAGGUUCUCUAAGCAUGGCCACGAGGAAGACCUUCCGCUGGGGUGUACCAAGAAUGGUCACUUCGACAAUUCGUUCGGUCGCAACUGCUGUGAAGAAAUAA